UCCGGGCCCAGCUGCUGUUUACAUGACAAGAAGAAAUGUCGGUGUAGUCGCAGUCUGUCGCCGUCAGAUUGCUUUUCUUUUCAAACACCUGAACCCGCAGCCUCUUUCAUACGUUGCUCGUCCAACGCGUGAAGAUGUUGGAGGCGGAUCAGCGGCCGGACAGAGACUCCCUGGAGGUGUGUGUGAUCCCGGAGAACCAGCACUGUGGAGAAGUAGCAGACGUCCAGAAAGCUGAACUGGCUCCUGGAGGCUCCCUGCUCGGGUGUCUGGGGGCCCGGGGGCGGCUAGUGGUCUGGGACCCGGCUGACAGAGAGGCCCCUCCGGCUGCAGCGGACGGCUGCUACACGGAUUUUUUCUGGGAGGAGGCGUCCGUCCACAGUCGGGGCGUCAGCAGCUUCAGACUGCUGGCUGUUGGAUCUCAGUGCGACCUGAAGCUGCUGGAGGUGGAAGCGGAACGAUCAGCGUCCGUCUCUCUGCUCUGUGUGUCUGAAUGUCCUGCAGAUCGCCUGCUGCAGACCGUCAGAGAGCAGGACCCCGGUGUGUGUGAGCUGCAGUCGGUGCGCGUGUUGUCGUUUGCUGCCGGCCGCUGCUGCAUGCUGCUGAACUGUGAUUGGCUGCUGCAGCUGCAGUGGCAGCAGACGGAGGAGGAGCCGCAGACGACAUCCCGCUGCAGCAUCCGGCGGACUGAAAGCGACCAACACACUGCUGUCCACCACUGUGUCUGCAGGGAAACCCUGUUCAUCCUCAGCUCCACUGGACUCAUAUCUGUUUAUAAUAUCUCCGAUGGCAGUCUGCUGGCCUGCGUUGACCUCCCAGCUUACCUGAGCUCUGACCUGGCAGAGGACGACCUCAUCUCCCCUCGUUCCUCCUUAUCCUCCUCUUCCUCCUUCUGCCUCCUCCAGGUGUCAGCCGAUCUCAAUACGGUCGUAGCCGUCACUCAGUCUCACGCUGCCGUCGCGGUCGACCUCAACCGCUACUUCAGGAUGUAUCCAGACCACCUACUGUGUGCUGCUCCCCCCUCUCACCCCCCGCUCCAGCCCCAUCACCCAAGAGACCAGGACAGCCUGUCGAGCUCCAGCUGCAGCCUUGCCGCCCUGGGAGCAGCCUUCAGCGCUGACCGCUCCUGGAAAGCUCGUCUGGCCUCCAUGUACAGCAGAGCUCUGCAGGAUGCAGCUCCCACCUCCUCCUCCUCCUCCCCCCAGCCUGCCGGGACCUCCUGGUCUUCCUCCCUCCGCCACCUGAAGUCGCAGCAGGCUUCGCCCUCAGCCCACAGCAGAGUGCCUUGCGGGGGGGCGACCGUUGCUUUCUCCAUCCCCGAGUCGUCCACUCCGUCUCUGCUCACCGUGUCCGAGUUCUCCGCCCAGCUUACCUUUGUCUCCCCUGGCAACAGACAGACCGCAGUGGCCUUAUGGGAUUUAGAGUCAGGGAAGGUUAAUUACCACCGUGCGGAGGGCGUGGCGGCUCCAGUUCAGCGCUGUGGAGAGAGACAGCACAGACUCCUGCUGAAGAAGGCUGGGCUGUUCCAGGUCUUGUUCUCAGUGUCCCAGCAGGACUUGCUCAGCAGGUUGAUGUUAUUUGGGAGCGCAGCAACAGUCGACGCAGUCUGUCACCUGAACAGCUGGGGGCGCUGCUCCAUCCCCAUCCACGCCCUGCAGGCUGGACUGAAGAAUCGUCAGCUGGACACGGUGGAUUUCUACCUGAAGAGUAAAGAGAACAUCCUGAACCCUGCUGCAGAUCAGCCUGCAGCAUCCACACUGAGCCUGACAGACAGUGUCCAGGAGUUGUGUCCUGCGUUGGACCUUCUGUGUUCGGCUGUCAGAGAAUCAAACAGCGAAGCUCAGAGCCGACAGUUCUCUGAACAGCUGCUCAACAUCACCAUGAGCUUUGUCAACACACAGAUCCGUUCAGUCCUGUCCAGCGCACAGUACGAGGACUCAGGCGUGCGGAUCUGCGUGGAUGUUCUUGAUCGGUACGUCACCGAACUGAGGAGCUACAUGAAGAGAUACCCCUGGCCUGCAGGGGGCGACACCUCCAGCACCAAUUCUGCUGAUUCUGGUGAGGAGGCGGCUCAGAGAGACGAGUGGGAGCAGCUGCCGACAGAGGAAGUGGUCCGUCAGUCCGUCCUGACCAAUCAGAUCCCCAGAGCUCAGGCUGUCCUGAGGAGGCGGAGCCGGCCGGAACAGCGUCUGGCCUCCUUGAGGAUGGAGGGUCUGCGUCAGGUUUUCUCCUGCCUGCAGCGGCGAGACCUGCAGACCGCCAACACGCUCCUCAUUAACAUGGGUUUCAGUGUGAAGAAGCAGCUGCACAGUAUCUGCCUCUACACCGACGACAAAGAGCUCAGGGAGUUUGUGGUGGAGGAGCUGUUGAGGCGGAGUUGUUUUCCAGCGGAGGAGAUGCAGAGCGUGGUGUUCAUAAAGGAGAUGGAGAGGUUGGGAUCCCUGCCUGCAUCCCGCUGCCCUUCAAACACCACAUCACAGGGGGUCGUCCAGAUGGUCCGCAGGGAGACUGGUGGUGGUGAGGGGGUUCUGGAGGAGCUGGUGGGACAGAAGAGGUCUGAGGAGGAGGGGGGGGGGCUCUGGAGGAACCUCCGACUGGACUGGGUGAGGAACUGGGACCAGAGCUGCCAGUCUGCCGUCCUCCUGUCCAGACUCCAGCACACAGAGUUGAGUUCCUGUGACUCUGCGGUGUUGUGGCGUUACCUGACUGCCCUGCAUGACCAGCGCCGGGUGGUCGACUGGAUCCGGAACAGGGACACCUCUGAUGCCUCCCAGUGGCCUGAGUUAACCCCAGAGCUGGUGAACAACAACACAGUGUGCAGCACCUCCAUGAGGGAGAACAUACUGGACCUGCUGGCCAGGAGAGGCCUGUUCAUCCCGGAGGAGCUGGCAGACCUGGAGCAGCUGCUGUGGAGGCUGGCUCAGGGUGGAGGGGUGAUGGCUUCAUCGCCUCCUGUCCCUCAGUACCGCUCCCCUCUGGGCCUGGACCUCCACAGCCUCUUCAUCACCUUCUGCCUGGACCACAGCCUCCAGUACCUGCUCUACUCCUACCUGGAGCACUACAGGUUGACUCCAAGAAACUGUCCCCUGUUGACCAAUCAGAGCCUGUCUGAGAGCCAGCCCUGGUUUGAGAUGCUGGUGAAGAUCCAGGAGAUCACCAGAGAUCUGUCAGAUCCAGCACUGGUCUUCCAGGCCAGUUUGACCAGUGCUCAGGUGCUGUUACCCGGCAGCCAGGCGUCUCUCAGCAGUCUGCUGUUAGAGGGACACAGUCUGCUGGCUCUGGCCGCCAUCAUGUUCGCCCCCGGAGGAAUCGACCAGGUGGUGGUCCAGGGUGAAAGGUCAGGCAGGUCAGAGAGGACUGUCGACCCCCAGCUCUUGAAGAUGGCGCUGGCACCACACCCUAAACUGAGGGCCGCCCUGUUCCCCGCUGGGCCCCGAGGAACCAACUCGUCUUCUGACAUCUCGGUCUACCACCUCCUGCAGUCGCUCCAUCCUCUGGACCCCUCCAGGCUGUUUGGCUGGCAGACGGCAAACACCCUCAACUCCACCGAAGCGUCGGAGUUUCCUCAUUUCUCCAGCCCUCACCUGGUCAACAGGUUCGCUCUGGUGGAGAACCUGGACUUCCUGUACUACCUGCGUCACGGCCGACCAUCCUUUGCUUACGCCACCCUCCUUGUUCAGCAUCUGAGCGGCUGCAGUGACGUCGCGUUGCUGCUGCAGAACACCUGGCAGCAGGUGUACAGGUUGGCCAUGAAGUGCUUUAAUGUGCCGUCUGUGGCGUCAGCGUGCGUUUGUUUCUGUGAGCUGCUGGGAGCCUGCAGCCUGAAGCUGAGGGUCGACAUCCGAGCCGUGAACACCAUCCUGCAGCACUGGAACACACGGGACACACACACCGCCCCGACACAGCAUCUACACACACUGGCUGUGAAGCUGGCGGAGGCGGAGCCUGGAGCAGCGGAGGAGCUGAUUGGCUACCUGGAGGCUGCGGUGACAGACGGCCUGGAGCAGAAGGGCGUCAGCAGGUCGUCCUACGAGGCGGCUCAGGAGUGGGCGUUGCCUGUUCAGUUCUGUCAGCUCCACAGUCUGAAGCUCAGCUCUGUUUACCCCGCCCACUGCGCCGACGACGGGCAGUUCAUCCAUUUCCUGUUGUUUGUCCAGCUGCACAACUUCCCGCCACAGCAGGUGAGGUCAUUAGCAGCUCAGUUUGGUCCCGCCCUGAGGGCCCACCUGACUUUGGCGUUUCAGGACCUGCAGGUGUACAGUCAGAGGAGGAGUUGUGGCUCUAAGGAGCAGUCAGCGUCUCUGAACACCGAGGAGGCCCUUGGGAGCCCGGAGCGCCCCCAGGAGUUGUUCCAGGUCCUCCUGCAGAGCCAGGAGGAGGCGGUUCCCUGCAGGUACCUGCUGCAGGAGGCGCUGGUGCAACGCUGCGCAACGCUGGCUGUACUGGCUGCUUGUCAACAGGAGGCGGAGCUGGUGCCGUGCCUGUGCGCGUGGGUGUUGACCUCCGUCGAUGAGGUCACAGCUGGAGAAGCCACCUCCCACCUGGUCGAAGCCCCGCAGCACCACGAGUGGACACUGCACGACCUGUCAAUCAUCUGGAGGACGCUGCUGGGGCGGGGCCACAUCAGGCCCCUCCUGCGAGGCUUCGAGCUCUUCCAGAGGGACUGCCCCCUGGUGUUGGUGCUGAGGAUGUUUGAGUUGUGUUGUGACUACAGGAAUUUCUCUGAGGCCAAAGCGAAGCUGUUGGACUUUCAGAGGACACUCAUCGCUCUGAGAAGCGGAGGCCCAGCACCCUCCGGUGGACUCCCCCUGCAGUGGGUGGAGAGCCAGGCCUCCGUGCUGCUCCUCACGAUGCUGCAGCGCUGCUCCUCCCAGUACGACCUCCACCGGCUGCUGCAGCUCCUGGCCGACGUCGACAAACUCCUGAAAUCCAACGGUCCAGACUUCAGGAAGCUGAGUCAGCUGAGUCAGUUGCUGCAGGGGUCAGAGGUCAGCCUGUCUCCCAGGCUGCUGCAGUGCUGCUCUCCCUCCGUCCAGCAGGAGGAGUUCCAGGCUGCAGUGGACGCUCUGCAGGCCAGAGGCCUCUACAGCCAGGCCAGGCAGGCUGCCCAGCUGGCCGGCCUGCCCGUCCACCGCCUGCUUCUCAGCCAGCUUCUCCAGGAAGUAAACUCCCAGAGGUCCAAGCAGCAGUGGAGAAGAUUAGAGACCCGGGUCAGCCUCUGGAGGAAAUGUCACGAGCAGCUGAAGGCCGACAGCACAGAUCCAGAAUCAGCCUCCCAGUUCUUCCUGUCGCAGGCCGAAACUGGGGUUGGGGACUCCCCCGCGGCCACAGAGGCUCAGAGCGAGCUGCUGGAUGUCCAGGAACGCUGCCUGCUGCUCUGCCUCGCCGCUCACUGGCUCUCCCUGCUCAGCCCGGCUCCCGUGGACAAACUGGAGAGCCUGGAGAAACAGCUGUGGAUCAGCCGGGUCCGACGACGUGUCCUCACCGCCGCCAUGGAGAAGGAGAGCGUUUUCAACCUGCCGCCGCCCGCCAUCGCGCCUGAAAUGAACACAUACGAAGUGCUCAUGAAGGAGUUCUCCUUCUCCAACAUAUCAGCCCUGAACACACACAAGUGUCUCAGUCUGGAGGGACUCCCGGGUCCCUCUGAGGGCCAGGAGGAGCUGGAAACCGAAUCAGCGCCGAGUCCAGAGGGGAGGAACAUUCUGCCUGUGCUGAUUGGUCAGACAUUAGAUGAAGGCAGUAUCCAUGAAGCCAGCCGGGUCUGCCGAUAUUUCUCCCUGUAUCACCCAGACAUGUGGGUGGUGCUGCGCUGCCGAGGUCUGGCCUCCGGAGAACUGAACCCUGAAACACAACAAGACGCAUCAGAAGCUCUGUCCACGAAGAGCCUGACUACCUCUCCGUCUAUCAGCAGCCUGUCGUCUUUCGUGAUGCUCCCCCUCCCCGACGACGAGGUCGCGGUCCAGCUCCAGAAACUGGUGGACCAGUGUCGCCAUGGCAUCAACUACUGCAAACAAGUCCUCAGCCUCUACCAGCUCUCCAAGGAGCUGCAGUGCUCCUUCAGUCAGGUCUGCAGGGAGGAAUCCUGCUCGGUGCUGGAGAAGCUGCUGCUGUCGGACCUGCCGGAGCGCUUCAGGAAGGCGAAGGCCUUCAUCAAAGCUCAGGGUCUCUCUGCAGACACUGUGGCCGAGCUGGUCUCCUCUGCCGUGGUCCAGGGGAUGCUGGCCUCCACCCAGGAGCUGCAGCCUGCAGAGAGGCAGGUUCUCAGGCCGUCGGAGGGCCGGGACUCGCUGGUCCAGCUCAUCAAACUGUGUGACGACCCGAACCUGGUGGGAGUCAAACUACUGGAAAACCUCAACACUGUUCCACUGCGAGACCUGAGCUGCAUUGUAGAGUUGCUGAUCGUGGCUCACGACUGUUUCAGUCUCACCUGUAACAUGGAGGGGAUCGUCAGAGUGCUCCAAGCCGCCCGCCACCUCAGCCACACCUACCUCGCCCCGGGAGAGCACUACAGCCUGCUGGUGCGUCUGCUGACGGGUAUCGGCAGGUAUAAUGAGAUGACGUACGUCUUCGACCUGCUGCAUCAGAACCAUCGCUUUGAGAUGCUGCUGAGGAAGAAAAUGGACACGGACAGAGGACAGAGCUCCAGCCUGAAGACGGCUCUGCUGGAUUACAUAAAGCGCUGCCUCCCUGCAGACAGCGAGAAAUACAACAUGGUGGCGCUGUGUUUCAGCAUGAGGAGAGAGAUCGGAGAAAACCACGAGAUGGCUGCCAGGACGCAGCUGAAGAUCAUCGAGUCUCAGCCCUGGGUCGUCUCUCCUGAUCUGAAGAGCUCGUUGGUCAAAGUCUUGGGUCUGCUGAAGGACGCUGCAGAGAGCUUCUCCAAGGACUCGUGUGUGCGUCAGGCGAGUCGCUGUGUUCGGACAGCCAAGCUGGUUGCUCUCCAGCUGCACUUCCUGAACCAGGGAUCGGACCUGCGCGUCAUCAACCUGCGACCUGCAGAGCUGCUGAGCACUGUCACAGCGCUGCCACGAUGCUACCAGGUGUUUGUGGUGUCGGAGGCGUACAGCUACAGUCCAGACUGGGCGGAGAUUUUGUACCAGAAGGUGAUCCUGAACGGAGACUUUGUUUACCUGGAGGAGCUCAAACGCCACCGUCCGCUGACCUCCAGCCUGUUUGAGGACAUUUUCAAAAAGCUGGACGGCGCUCCCAGCAACGUCACUCCGAACGUGAAGCGCCUGCUGACGCACUGUGAUGAUGUGUACAGUCGCUAUAGGCUGGCCUACCAGCAGAAUCUGUAUGACGUCACCAAAACGCUGCUGCAGGACGCCAAGACCGCGAGCUACCUGAACGACAGGCUGGCCAGCUGAUUGGUUGACUUAGUAAAUGACGGACUAGCUGACCGGCCGGCGGGACCAAUAACUGAAAUAUUGUUGCUGUAAAAUAUUCAUUUAUAAAAAAAGGACAGCAAGAUAAACUUUGUCUUUUCUAACCUGUCUUCUGUGGAGAUGACAUCAUCAGGUUGACUCAUUUUCUUCUCACAAGAUAACUGAAUAGAAUCAGUUUCUAUCAGUCAAAGACAGAUGAAAAAUCUAGACUCACCAAAUCUUCCCACCAGAUAUAAUGACACUGUAAAAAGUCCCAUUAAAGAUACUUUCUAAACUGUUUCAGUCUUUAAGAUUUUAGCUUCUGCUUUCAUCAAAUGCUGCAGAUCAACAGACUUCUGCUCUGUAAAUUACUUUUGUUUUCCUGGAUCGCUUUCACUGCUAUCCUCAUUUUGAUUAAAUUUCUUCCAGCUUUGA